AUGCAAAGUCCCAAGUAUACCGAUGGCGAGAGUGACGAGUUUGAGUUCGGGGGCUCUUUCGGUGCAGCAUCGUUAAUGAUUGGUUUCCCUCUUCUCAUGUGGUAUAUGUGGAUUGGCGCCACUUACUACGAUGGUCGAUUCCCCAUGCCUACCGAUGGUCAGACGUGGGAGGACUUUGCCUACCAGUUGACCACGCUCGUCUACGAAGGAGCCUACCCCACAAGAAAAGCCUGGGCUACGUACUGGACUUUUUUUGUCCUCGAGGCACUCAUGUACUGCUACAUGCCCGGUGUGUUGAGCCAAGGUCGACCUCUGCGUCACGAAAAUGAUAGGAAGCUUCAGUACUAUUGCUCUGCCUAUACCAGCUGGUAUGCAACUUUGAUUCUCGCCGGUAUGCUGCACGUCACCAGAAUCUAUCCUUUAUACACGCUCAUCGAUGAGUUCGGAGCUAUCAUGACGGUGGCAAUCCUCUCUGGCUACCUGAACAGCAUCAUCGUGUAUGUCCAGGCCAUUGCUCGCGGCCGAACCCACCGACUCACUGGAUACCCAAUAUACGACUUCUUCAUGGGCGCUGAACUCAACCCUCGAAUCGGAAUACUAGACUUCAAGAUGUUUUACGAGGUCCGAAUCCCAUGGUUCAUCUUGUUCCUUAUCACUGCAUCUGUAUCCGCGCGCCAGUAUGCUAUGUACGGCUAUGUCUCUAUUGAAGUCAUCCUCUUAUCCGCGGCACAUUUUAUGUACGCUAAUGCCUGUGCCAAGGCCGAGCAGUUGAUCAUUACGUCCUGGGAUAUGUACUUCGAGAAGUUAGGCUUCAUUCUGACUUUCUGGAACAUGGCAGGCGUGCCCUUCACCUACUGCCACUGUGCGCUCUACCUCGCAAACCACGACCCAUCUGAAUACCGAUGGAGUAAGCCCACACUGGUGACUUUCUCGGCCGUCUACCUAUUCAUGUAUUGGAUGUGGGACUCAUCAAAUGGCCAAAAGAACUCUUUCCGCCAGCAAGAGCGCGGCCAACUUAUCAAGCGCAAGGCGUUCCCUCACAUGCCUUGGACGGUUAUCGAGAACCCGCGUGUUUUGGAGACGAAAGCAGGCGAUCGCAUACUGAUCGAUGGGUGGUUCCGCAUUGUGCGCAAGCCCAAUUAUGUGCCAGACAUGUUCUUUUCCAUGUCUUGGGGCCUCAUUACCGGAUUCAAGAAGUACGGCGAGGCGUGGACUCAGUACGAGAUAGAAGUACCCUACUUGUUCAUUCCAUAUAUUAUCUAG